CUUUUCGCCUCUCCCUGGCCUCUCCCGAGCGCGUCUAUGAGCGCAGCGUUCCCGCCGUCGCUGAUGAUGAUGCAGCGCCCGCUGGGGAGUAGCACCGCCUUCAGCAUAGACUCGCUGAUCGGCAGCCCUCCGCAGCCCAGCCCCGGCCAUUUCGUCUACACUGGCUAUCCCAUGUUCAUGCCCUACCGGCCCGUGGUCCUGCCGCCACCGCCGCCACCGCCGCCCGCGCUGCAGCCUGCGCUCCCGCCCGCGCACCCGCACCACCAGAUCCCCAGCCUACCCACCGGCUUCUGCUCGGGCCUGGCGCAGGGCAUGGCGCUCACCUCUACGCUCAUGGCCACGCUGCCUGGCGGCUUCUCCGCGUCGCCCCAGCACCAGGAGGCGGCGGCCGCCCGCAAGUUCGCACCGCAGCCGCUGCCCGGCAGCGGCAACUUCGACAAGGCGGAAGCGCUACAAGCCGACGCGGAGGACGGCAAGGGCUUUCUGGCCAAGGAGGGCUCGCUACUGUCCUUCUCGGCUGCUGAGGCAGUGCAGGCGUCACUGGUCGGGGCUGUCCGAGGGCAAGGGAAAGACGAGUCAAAGGUGGAAGAUGACCCGAAGGGCAAGGAGGAAAGCUUCUCGCUGGAGAGCGAUGUGGACUACAGCUCGGAUGACAAUCUGACGGGCCAGGCGGCUCACAAGGAAGAAGACUCCAGUCACCCACUGGAGGAGACCCCGCCGAACAGCGGCGCGGCAGGCAGCACCACAUCCACGGGUAAGAACCGGCGGCGGCGGACUGCCUUUACCAGCGAGCAGCUACUCGAGCUCGAGAAGGAGUUCCACUGCAAAAAGUACCUCUCCCUGACCGAGCGCUCGCAGAUCGCCCACGCCCUCAAACUCAGCGAGGUGCAGGUGAAAAUCUGGUUCCAGAACCGCCGGGCCAAGUGGAAACGCGUGAAGGCAGGCAACGCCAACUCCAAGACAGGAGAGCCCUCCAGGAAUCCCAAGAUUGUGGUCCCCAUCCCCGUGCACGUCAGCAGGUUCGCUAUUAGAAGUCAGCAUCAGCAGCUGGAACAGGCCCGGCCCUGAGGCCCUGCGAGGGCACACAGGCCUGGCACCCGUCUGGAGAAGCCCCAGCCCCAGGGAGAGCUCAGUGGGCCGCGUUAGGUUUGAAACAGAACUCAGAGUCACGUUCCAGAGGUGGACAUCGCAAGCGAGUUGAGAAUGUGCUCACGAAACAGGCUUACCGACUGCUUUAGAGGGGCUACAGCCACACCUGAAGAUACACUAAAUAUUUAUUAUACUCUCCUACUUUGUACAUAGAUGAUCUAUAUACACUGGAUCUCAGCUGCAGUAUUUUGAAAGUUGUAGGACCAAGUUAUCUAGUAAGAUCCUCCACUUACAUUCCAGAAGAAAGCAAAACCUCCGAGGUCCUCUGCCAUCUUUAGCAGUCACCAUUCCAUACUUUCCCAAAGGUAAACAUGAAACACAAGAACAAGCACUGGGGUUUAAACUUAACUUUUGCUUCUGUUUUUGGCUUUUGAGUUGACUGCAGAGCAGCCGUGGUUGGGCAGCCUGGAAAUUUACUUUGCGUUGCGUUGAUUUUGCCUGGCUUUCUUUCCUGGGCUUGCCCCUCCUGUCUGAGGCAGGUCUCCACUGUGUUUAAUUUAUUCCAGUGUAGCUUAUUUUCUUAUAAGUUAUGGCAUUUAAACAAUCUCAGUCUCGUGAAUAAUAAAAAGGAG